AUGGUUCUCUACACACAGAUACGAGCUCUGACAGAGAAGACGCUCAAAAUCAUCAUCACUCGCCACUUCGUGUCAACCUUCUACAGCGCCCUGGUCCUCCCCAUCGUCCUCUCUGUCUACUUGGGCAUCGGGCAGAAGUUCACUCAGCCCAACGACAACGCCCUCUCCAAGUCAGCCGGCGGCCGAGACACGGUUGUCUUUGUCAACAGCGGUCACACCAGUGGCAAUAUCGAGCAUGUCAUCGGUUCUGUUUCUGGAAUUGUCGAGGGUGCUGGUAAACAUGCAAUCACCAUAAAGGACGAGUCCGACUUGGGAUAUAAUUGUCUGAGUACUAUUCGUGGCACGUCAAACUGCUUCGGUGCUGUGGUAUUCUAUACUUCUUCAGAUGAAGGCCAUGGUGGCUUCUGGAACUACACCUUACGUGCUGAUGGCGGUUUGGGAAACAGCUUCCAGACUGAUAAAGACGAUAAUGAUGCCCAGAUAUAUGCACUACCUCUCCAGAGGGCUGUUGAUUCCGCCAUUGCGGGCCUAGAAUCGGGAUCUUCUUUUCCUAAAAUGACGCAGCAGUAUCCCUAUACCGAACUGACUGAAGAUGAACGCCAAGCUGAGGUUCGACGAAAGUAUCAGAGCUCUUUCAUCCACUAUUUGAGUGUUGCUUUCAUCAUGGGUCUAAUUGGUGUUUGCUAUCACAUGCCUGGUUUCAUUGCCACCGAGAGAGAAAAGGGCAUAUCCCAGCUCAUCGACGCCAUGAUGCCUACCAGCAAAGGUUGGCAUCGCCAGUUUGCCAGAUUAAUCUCUCACCACAACGCCUUUACCAUAACAUAUAUGCCAGGCUGGAUUGUCGCAUCAAUCGUCACCAGAGUCACCAUCUGGACAAACACAAGCUUUGGCAUCAUGAUUAUCUUCUUCAUCAUCAGCGGCGUCGCCAUUACUUCAAUGUCACUGCUUGGUGCAUCUUUCUUUAAAAAGGCCCAGCUAUCUGGUGUAGUGACUGCUGUCAUCUGGAUCGUGCUGGGAAUAGUUGCUCAAGUAAUUCCGCAUCCCAAUACUGGAACAGUGGCCGUUUUGAGCUUGCUCUUUACGCCGUGCAAUUUUGUCUAUUUCGUCAUCUAUAUUGCUCGAUUCGAGCAAGACGGAAAAGCUACAAAUUUGAUACACGCACCUCCGAGUGCCACCUCUAGUCUUCCUGGCAUCGUCCACUGGAUCUUCUUCUUCAUCCAGAUGGCUGUGUAUCCUUUCAUUGCAGCCUUUAUUGAGCAGAAUCUGCACGGCGUAUCAACAGGAACUCGAUCUUCAUCAUCUCUCAAGGACCCGACGAGUGGCGUCGUAGAAACUGUUCGCAUAGACAACAUGACAAAGAUUUACAAACCAAGCCUUGUUCGAAAAUUAUUCUCUUUCGUCUCACCACCAAGACCCGAGGUGGUUGCAGUCAAUAACUUGACGUUAACAGCCAAGAGGGGUGAGAUCUUAGCGCUCCUAGGUGCUAACGGUAGUGGUAAAAGCACCACACUUGACGCCAUCGCUGGCAUCAGUGAUUUUACCAGCGGUGAUAUCUCUGUUGAUACAUCUGGCGGCCUUGGCUUUGCUCCGCAGCAGAAUGUUCUGUGGGAUGAACUUACUGUGGAAGAGCAUAUCCGACUCUUCAGUCGUAUCAAACACCCACGCAGGAAAACUCCGGAAACCGAGAUUGCAGCCUUGAUUGAUGCCAUUGGGCUCCGCUCAAAAGCAAAAGCUUGGUCAAAAACCUUGUCUGGGGGUCAAAAGCGGAAGCUUCAGCUCGGAAUGAUGUUGAUUGGUGGCAGUUCUGUCUGCUGUGUGGAUGAAGUCUCGUCCGGUAUUGAUCCCCUAUCGCGGAGAAAAAUCUGGGACAUUCUCUUGAAAGAACGAGGCUCGCGAACAAUCAUCAUGACUACGCAUUUCCUUGAUGAAGCAGAUCUGCUCGCUGACAAUAUCGCUAUUUUAUCCAAGGGCACUCUUAGAGCUGAAGGCUCUUCUGCGCAGCUCAAGGAUACUUUUGGUUCUGGUUACCGCAUCCAUUUGUUAGACCCAAGGAGCCUAGACGCUGUGCCUGACUUUGAAGGUGUCACAAAAAAGAUUGCCACAAACAACGUUACCUAUGUGGCAUCGUCUUCUGAUCAGGCUGCCAAGGUAAUUCGAGCUCUGGAAACUGCCGGAAUCCCUUAUAGGUCAUCUGGUCCAACCAUUGAAGAUGUGUUCUUGCAUUUGGCUGAAGAAGCUCAUGGCGACAAUCUACAACGAAAACCCGACAUGGUACACGAAAAGGUCACAAAACUAACAAGUGAAGUUCCCACUGUCGGCGAUAGUUUACCAUUGCUGUCAGGAAGACAGAUUGGCAUGGUUCAGCAGACUGGUGUACUUAUUCGAAAGCGAUUCACAGUCUUCAAAACGAAUUGGCUUCCUUAUGCGGCGGCCUUUUUGGUUCCCAUUAUCGCCGCUGCAGUUAUCCAAAUUCUGAUCCGUAACAAUAACGCAGUGGGCUGCUCGCCCGCACAGCGGAGUAGCAAUUCAUCAAAUGAUGACUACUUCAAGCUCCUGGAUACUGCCCAUCUUGUGGGUGGUCCGUCAUCUCAAUUUGGUGGAUCCUCAAUGGAAGACUUAUUCAAGCCCAUUCUACCUAAGCCGAGCGCAACGAAGAGAGACUCUUCAACCAUUUCUCUCGGCAACGUCACCGUUGAUCUAGUAAACUCGCUUUCCUCCCUUGAAGAUUUUGUCCAAGACAAUCGAAGGACAGUUACGCCUGCAGGCCUAUGGCUCGGCGAUUCAACUUCAUCACCAACAUUGGCUUUCAAAGCAGACAACUUUUCCAUGUACUCUGCAGUCAUCGGCCAAAACUUCUUGAAUACGAUACUAGCCAACACCACCAUUGUAACGGAGUACAAAGAAUUCGAUUAUCCAGUUGCACCUUCAACCGGCAGAGGACUACAGCUAAUUGUCUAUUUCUCUGUUGCCUGUUCAAUCUUCCCUGGCCUAUUCGGCUUAUAUCCAAACACAGAAAGGCUCAGGAACAUUCGCAGCUUGCAGUACUCGAGCGGUGUUCGUACUCUGCCUGUUUGGGCCGCGCACUUGCUAUUUGACUUUGGCAUCAUAUUGCUGCCCAUGAUCUUUGCUGCCAUGAUAUUUGUCGUGUCUUCAAAUUCAUGGUACCACGGAGGCUAUCUAUUCCCCAUUUUCAUCUUUUACGGCCUUACGACAAUCAUCAUCUCCUAUUUCCUUGGUCUCAUUGCCGCGAGUCCCAUGGCUACGUAUGCCUUGACCUCUGUCGUUCAAGGUCUGGGUUUUGCCAUCUACCUGAUUGCCUAUCUAUUCAUCCUCACGUACUCUCCCGCUGCCAACACUAAUCGAGAUGUGCUCAUAGCCCACUGGGUAAUUGCUGCAAUCUUCCCCACUGGAUCGCUGAUUCGCACAUUAAUGGUCGGUCAGAACAUCUUUUCAACAACCUGUGAUAACGACCAGCUUCAAGCAAAUCCUGCAGCCCUUGUCGCCUAUGGAGGUCCUCUUCUGUAUCUUAUCUUACAAUCUGUAUUCUGGUUUUCAAUAGUCGUCUGGGUUGAGAGCGGUGCUGGUCGAUACACCCCCGAGAAAGCAAAAGCCUCCCCCGAGAUUGACGACCCAGAAAUCGCUGAAGAGCUCCUCCGAGUAGAUGGCACAGAAGGUCAAUCCGAUGGUCUUCGCAUCGCCCACCUAACAAAAGCAUUCGGAAAGAAUACGGCCGUCGACAACGUCUCCUUUGGCAUCGAACACGGCCAAGUCUUUGCCCUUCUCGGUCCCAACGGUGCCGGCAAAUCCACCACAAUCUCUCUCAUACGAGGCGACAUCGCACCAAGCCGCAAUGGAGGCGACGUCUUCAUCGAAAACGUCUCCAUCACCAAACGCCGCGCCGCCGCCCGAGCAAACCUAGGCGUGUGUCCCCAGUUCGACGCCAUCGACAACAUGACUGUGAGCGAGCACCUCUGCCACUACUCCCGUCUCCGUGGCAUCUCCAACGUGGACCACCAAGUCCCAGCCGUCAUCCGUGCCGUCGGGCUAGAAUCCUACGCAGACGUCAUGGCACACACCCUCUCAGGGGGCAACAAGCGCAAACUCUCGCUCGGCAUCGCCCUCACCGGAAAUCCUCCCGUGAUUCUCCUCGACGAGCCAUCUUCCGGCCUCGACGCAGCAGCUAAACGCAUCAUGUGGCGCACUCUCGAGGCCAUCGUGCCAGGGCGCUCCAUCCUCCUCACGACGCACAGCAUGGAAGAAGCCGACGCUCUCGCCAACCGCGCAGGCAUCAUGGCCCGCCGCAUGCUCGCCCUCGGAUCGACAGAGAAGCUUCGCCACCGCUUCGGCGACACAUUACAUGUACAUCUCGUCAGCAAGACUGCGCCGCACUCUUCUACAGCAGAGAUGGAGGCUCUUCGUGUUUGGGUACUGAAUAACUUUUCCGGAGCGACAGUCGAACAGGAGACGUACCACGGACAGAUGCGCUUCUCGAUGCCUUCUUCUGCGGUGCCAAUGCUAGUCGGAAGUUCGAAUAGCACUGAGAGCGCAAGGGGCAGACUCCUGAUUAUGUUGGAAGAGCAGAAAGAUUAUCUAGGUGUUGCGCAUUAUAGCGUCAGCCCUACGACGUUGAAUGAAGUGUUUUUGAACAUUGUUGGGAAUCAUGACGUCCAGGAAGAAGGGUAUAACAGAGCUGAAGAGAGGACUGAGACUCAGGGGAAGAGGCCUUGGUGGACGUCAAAGGCCUUGUGGGGAUUCUAG